UAAUGCAACGCUAGCUUCCCUUCUCUCCUCUUCCUUCCUUUCUUUUCUUUCUUUUUUUUCUUCUGCCACACCUCAAGCCUUUGCUUUGGCCCUUGUCUAUGAAACAUAGCGCGCCAGGCCUGGAAGCAGGCGCCGGUGGGCUCAGAGGGACCUCCACAAUGGCUAAACGGAACCCGGCCAGCCAUGGAAAAGGUGCCAUUCCUUGAGCUGCAGGUGCCCUAGGCAGGGCAGGUGUCAACAGGAGGAGUGGCCAGCCCGUGGCCGGAGAAGACAGCCACCGUGGGCCAGAACGGCAGAACAGAUCUGUCCAUGCCGACCGUUUAUGAAGUGGGGAAACAGGUGAAGUGAUGUACCCAGAGCCAGAAUACCCGGAGAGACCGCUUCCGAUGUCCCAGCAUGAGACGUCUCCGACUGCACUGCGACGGGCCAGCAACCACCGACGGGCCAACCCCUGCUGCUUAUGCUGGUGCUGUUGCUGCAGUUGCUCAUGGAAUGAGGAUCGUGAGCGCUGGAGGCCAACGCGAGACACCAAACUGGAGCCCAUCCCAAACUGUGAAUCUUGCACCAAACCCAGCACGGAGGAAGUCAAGGGCUGGUCCCAGUCGUUCGACAAGUUGAUGAAAAACCCAGCCGGCAGGAACGUGUUUCGGGAAUUCUUACGGACUGAAUACAGCGAGGAGAACAUGCUCUUCUGGCUGGCUUGCGAGGAGCUGAAAAGCGAGUGUAACAAGCACGCCAUUGAAGAGAAGGCACGGAUGAUCUACGAGGAUUACAUCUCCAUCCUUUCGCCCAAGGAGGUCAGCCUGGAUUCACGCGUGCGGGAAGGCAUCAACCGCAAGAUGCAGGAACCGUCCUCUCACACCUUCGACGACGCACAGCUCCAAAUCUACACCCUCAUGCACAGAGACUCCUACCCCCGUUUUCUGAACUCGUCCAUCUACAAAGCCUUGCUCCAGACCGUCUCCCGGUCGUCCUCGGAGUCCUAAGCCCCCCGUCCUCCACUGCCACACUGCGCGGGGUGGUGAUGGAGAGAGACGGAGAGAAAAGUACGGAGUCAUGCUCUCCUGACCUACAGCCGGUGUCCAGUUAAUUUAAAAACAGAGAACAGAGCUUCCACUUCGUCUUGGGCAGGACCGAGAGACCCAAAACCGCAUCCCCUUGACGCGCCGCACUUCUGUCUCCGGCACGAUUGUCCGGUUGCUGGCAAAAUUCGCCCGACGUCAUCCUGUUUCCUUUCGCCAGACAAGUGGGCCGUGGUACCUGCUGUCGCCGUUGUGAACCUCAGAAACUCAGGCCUCUGCUUUUACUACUGAAUCCGUGCAGCCCCAGACAGAAUAACCAGAGGAUGAGAGAGAGAGAGACUGGGAUGGGUUGGGAGGAAUCCGGGCAUCAUGGUAAAAGAAAAAGGAAAAAAAAAAGGCCAAA